AUGCUCAGCCUGCGUUCUAGAAUCCUUGCGGUCGCCUUCUCGGCACUCGUGCCGCUCGUCGCAGCCAGCCCUGCUGUGAGCCCCGGUGAUGGUCGCGUGUACUGCGACCAGGGAGACAAGGGCGUCCCAAGAGCGUUUGCGCAGGACAUAAUCAACAACAUCAACACGAACCAGAAGGAUUUCGGCAUCCCCGGCAGGGACGGGGACUUUGGCUUCGGGUCGAGCUGCCUCAGCCACAGCCAGGGCGGCGGCUCUUACUGCUGCCAGGUUGCGUACUUGAAUACGAACGGCAACGUCGGCACGGUUACGAUGACGGCCAACACCAAGUCGACAGGCGCCGACGCGCUCGGUGGCAAGACGGACGGGGCCACUCUGAAGAGCCUGGCUACCGACAUCCUGAACACCUGCUGGUCCGGCAAUGGUGAUCACUCGGGUCGGUGGGCGGGAGCUGGAUUCCAGUUAAAUAUGCUCAGCCUGCGUUCUAGAAUCCUUGCGGUCGCCUUCUCGGCACUCGUGCCGCUCGUCGCAGCCAGCCCUGCUGUGAGCCCCGGUGAUGGUCGCGUGUACUGCGACCAGGGAGACAAGGGCGUCCCAAGAGCGUUUGCGCAGGACAUAAUCAACAACAUCAACACGAACCAGAAGGAUUUCGGCAUCCCCGGCAGGGACGGGGACUUUGGCUUCGGGUCGAGCUGCCUCAGCCACAGCCAGGGCGGCGGCUCUUACUGCUGCCAGGUUGCGUACUUGAAUACGAACGGCAACGUCGGCACGGUUACGAUGACGGCCAACACCAAGUCGACAGGCGCCGACGCGCUCGGUGGCAAGACGGACGGGGCCACUCUGAAGAGCCUGGCUACCGACAUCCUGAACACCUGCUGGUCCGGCAAUGGUGAUCACUCGGGUCGGUGGGCGGGAGCUGGAUUCCAGGUUGGGUUGAGCGGAGGCACUUGCUAG